AUUGCGCACGCACCCUUUCGUUGUUCAAAUAUUGUGAAGCUAGUAACAUCUUCGUGGCGAGCGUUGUGCAAGUCUCUAAGUGCAAGUCUAAGCUAGUGGAAUUUUCCCUAUCGAGCGCUACAAUUCUUGUUUGUCGUCCAGUGACAUUAUCCGUGAGCGGUUUCAAGUAUUUCAGUGUGCAGAACAGCGGCUAAGCCAUGGCUACCACCCCAGAGAAAAAGCUGAGUGCGUCGGAAUUGGUCGACCUGGCCCCCUUGGCGACUGAGCCAGGGAAUGAUCUGAUAUCGACCGUACAGGAACGGGAUGAGCAGAAGGCCGCUCAAGAUCAGAGUGUCGAGAAGCCGGAUGAGGAUCAGUCGAAAAUCGAGAAGGCUCUAGAAGAUGCAAUGAGCGACAUUGUGGAGCGAGGUGAAAGUGAAUACAUCAGUGGAAAGCCGAUAGCUGAAAGUGACAACCUAGAAGCUUUGGAGGAAAUCCCGCAAGAGGCAAACAUCGUGGACGAGGAUCACGUCGAGCAAGAGACCACUCACGACGAAGCUCACGAUGAAGCUCACGAUGAAGUCAUCGUGGAGGCCUCGGAAGAUGCAGCGGAAGGCGAAGAUCGCUGUGCACGUGUGGAGGUUUAAGCUGUUGAGCAGUGGAGCUGGCGAUGAGCUGAGUUGGUGUGUCGAUUCCUGCCAGCAGCAGCAGAGGGAGUGAAGGGAGCGAAUGUACUGGAUAAAGUCCUGUGUGUUUCAAUGAUGUUGGAUGUAGUCUUGCAAUUUUCGAUACAUGGAUAAAAAAUGUGAUGUACUUUCGGUCAAAGAUAAUUAUUGAAUAAAAUUGAAGCAAAUAUUUAGAAAAAAAAAUGCAACUUGUACUCAGUCAUUCUUUCGAAUCCGUCCGCCUGUUGUGUUAGCAGUAGUUUUUUUCUAUUCUCUGUUGUUGUCUAUUGUUGUACUCUUAUACCGCUAGCAGGGCUAAAAUCUCUUGAGUGAUGAGAACAUGUGUCAUAAGCGAUUAUGUAACUUGACAAGUCAUAUAUCGUUGAGAAUAUUUUCUUCCGUGGAAUAUUCGUGGAAAUCCCGUUGGAGUUUUGUGGUGCAAAAAACGC